AACAACAUGCCAAAGCAGGUAGAAGUACGGAUGCUUGAAAGCCACCUGAGCCCAGUGGAACCUCGUCGGAGAAAUCUGUGUGUACGGCUUUGCUAUUCACUCCGAAAAAAUCUGCUCCUUUCACUUACUGUAUUUGGUGUCAUCAUGGGUGCCGUAUGUGGUGCUCUCCUUCGAAUGGCAACACCUAUUAACCCUGACAUCGUCAUGUUGAUAGCCUUCCCAGGAGACAUCCUUAUGCGAAUGCUAAAAAUGUUGAUUCUCCCAUUAAUUAUUUCAAGUUUAAUCACAGGUCUCUCUGGCUUGGAUGCUAAAGCUAGUGGACGACUAGGUACAAGAGCCAUGGUUUACUAUAUGUCUACUACUAUCAUUGCUGCUGUAUUGGGGGUCAUUCUGGUCUUAGCCAUUCAUCCUGGCAACCCCAAACUCAAGAAGCAGCUGGGAGAAGGAAAAAAGAAUGAUGAAGUGUCCAGUCUGGAUGCUUUCUUGGAUCUCAUCCGAAAUUUGUUUCCUGAAAACCUUGUCCAAGCGUGCUUCCAGCAGAUUCAAACGGUCACUAAGAAAGUGCUUGAACCUCAAGAAACUGAAGAACCAGCCAAUGUUACAGAAUCCAUCUUUGCCAUGAUGAAUGAGACAGAAGCAACUCCAGAACCCCAGAUGGUUAUUAAGAAGGGCCUUGAGUUUAAGGAUGGAAUGAAUGUUUUAGGUCUCAUUGGGUUCUUCAUUGCUUUUGGCAUUGCAAUGGGCAAGAUGGGAGAACAAGCCAAGAUGAUGGUGGAUUUCUUCAGUAUCUUGAAUGAGAUUGUAAUGAAACUGGUGACCAUGAUCAUGUGGUAUUCUCCACUAGGCAUUGCCUGUCUCAUCUGCGGGAAAAUCAUUGCAAUCAAGGACUUGGAAGUAGUUGCUAGGCAACUUGGCAUGUACAUGGUAACUGUGAUCAUAGGCCUUGUCAUCCACGGAGCGAUAUUUUUACCUUUGUUGUACUUUGUUAUAACAAGGAAAAAUCCCUUCUCAUUCUUUGCUGGCAUCUUCCAAGCAUGGAUUACUGCUCUGGGCACUGCUUCAAGUGCUGGUACAUUACCUGUUACCUUCCGCUGCUUGGAAGAAAACCUGGGAAUUGAUAAGCGCGUGACAAGAUUUGUUUUACCUGUGGGAGCCACCAUUAACAUGGAUGGGACUGCCCUUUAUGAAGCAGUGGCUGCCAUCUUCAUAGCACAGAUGAAUGGAGUUGUCUUGGAUGGUGGGCAGAUAGUCACUGUCAGUCUGACAGCCACCCUUGCAAGUGUUGGUGCUGCCAGUAUACCAAGCGCAGGACUGGUCACCAUGCUUCUCAUCCUCACUGCAGUGGGCCUUCCCACUCAGGACAUCAGCUUACUGGUUGCUGUCGAUUGGCUCUUGGACCGAAUGAGAACAUCAGUCAAUGUUGUAGGAGACUCAUAUGGAGCUGGCAUUAUCUAUCAUCUGUCUAAGGCAGAGUUGGACGACUUAGAUUCCCAUCACAGAGGACUUGAAGAUAUUGAAAUGACAAAAACUCAGUCAAUUUAUGAUGACCUUAAAAACCACAAGGAAAACAGUUCAAAUCAAUGUGUUUAUACAGCUCACAACUCUGUCAUAAUAGAUGAAUGCAAGGUAACCUUGGCAACCAAUGGCAAAUCUGCAGACUUCAAUGCUGUUGAAGAAGAACCUUGGAAACACGAGAAAUAAGAGAGGAACAAUCAAUGUUCAUCUUUAAUAAUUCCUGAAAGUUGUCUGAUGGUAAAAGCUGAUGUUAAGAUUCCUG